CCUACGAGUAUUGCUAGCUGUUUCACGGAGAAAUUAAGAGAGAGGGCUUUUUAAAAAUUACCAUACUGUUUGAUGAGAUAAGAUAAUGGCUAUCAAUGAGCAUAUUUUUUCUUAUUUAAAUCAUAUUUCAAUAGAAAUACUACUAAUUGGAAUUCUUACUUCUUUGUUCUGGUGGUAUUCAAAUAAAAAACUUUCGUAUUGGAAAGACAAAAAUAUUCCUUAUGUGAAGCCACUUCCUUUUUUUGGAUCUGUGAUAGACUAUCUGACAACACCGAUUCAUGUUCUUGAGCUAAACAGAUACUUUUCCUUAGGACCAGUUUACGGUUUUUUUGAAGGUCAUCGUCCAGUUCUAGUAGUAGGUGAUCCAAAACUUAUUAGAGACAUUUUUAUCAAGGAUUUCCCGAUUUUUAUGAAUCGAAGAAUUUUUCAAGGUGACAGUAUUACGAAACAAUCUCUUUUAGUUAAUGAAGGAGAAUAUUGGAGAAGAAUUAGGUCAAUCGUCUCUCCUACAUUCACAGCAAAAAAGCUUAAAAGACUUUUGGGCAUAUUUGAAGAUUGCUCCCAAACAAUAGUUCAAAAUUUCAAAAUAUCUGCACAGAAAAAAGAACCAACAUGUGUGAUGAGUUUCAGAAUUGAUGAUAGAUUUAAUAUUACGUCUCAUAUCAUUGGGAAGGAUUUAUCACUAUUAAAUUCUCUUUAUACAUUCCAGACUAGAGACGACUUUCUCCAACUGCUUUUGGAUACUGAGAAGAAAUCAACCAGUGGCAAUAAAAAGGAAUCUGUUGAAAACGAUGAUGAUAUUAAUGCGAAUUACGGAGAAGAUAUUUCUGAGCAAAAUAUUAACCCUUAUGUGUCCCAAAAGAAUCUUACACAUGAAGAACUGGUCUCCCAGCGUGUCACUUUCUUUUUAGCUGCACAUGACACAACAUCAUUGAUGCUGUCCAGCGUCAUAUACAUUCUGGCUAUUAACGAAAGCAUACAGGAGAAAUCAUAUCAAGAAGUUGCAGAACAUUUACAAGAAACAAACGGUGAAUUAACAUAUGAAGCUUUGAAAAAAAUGAAAUAUUUGGAUAAAAUCAUGUCGGAGACUUUGAGAUUAUAUCCUCCGAUUAUAAGAACUAGCCGAAGAGCUGAAAAGACUUACAUUCAUGGAGAAACAGGCAUUACCAUUCAAAAAGAUGCGGUCAUUUUGCUUCCCAUUUUGGCUAUUCAUAGGGAUCCAAAGUACUAUCCAGACCCUGAGAAAUUUGAUCCAGAGAGAUUUUCAGACGAAGAGGUAGCAAAACGAGAUCCCAACGUAUAUCUUCCGUUUGGGCAUGGACCCAGAAACUGCGUCGGAAUGAGAUUUUCACAUUUAAGUUCCAAAGUGUGUCUGGUGUACAUAAUUAGCAGUUUUAUUAUUAAGUCAUGCUCCCAAACCAAAGUUCCAUUGGAGUUUGUCAAAGAUUCUUACUUCACAUUAAAGCCAAAAGAUGUGACUGUUCAAUUGGAAAUUCGAAAUGAUUGUCCAUUAAUUUAUACUUAAAUAUUACUGAUAACGCUAUGAUUGUUUUAAAUAUCCCUCGUUCAUUGUACUAUUUUAAUCAAUAAAUUUUGCAAGCCA